CACAACAAUCCAGCACGAAGCCCAACUUGCAGGCAGUUGCACGCAGAAGAGAAUGGCAACAUCAAGACUAGCAGCGCGGCUACGCGCAGCCCGCUCCCUCCAACCGGGACCCCGCGUCUCGCUCCCCACCUCCACUUCAUCAACCUCCACCUACCUCCGAUCUCAUCUCCGAUCCCCGAUAACCGCAGCAUCACGAACACCACCACUAUCUACCCAUCGCUUCGCCUCCACCAAGCCCCCGUCCUCCGCGGACACCACCGAAUCCCACCCCGCCACUCCCCUUGUUACCCCCGACAUCACCAACCACUACACGAUAUUCAAAAAGACCCUCCCGGCGGGCCCGCCUCCGGCCUCUCCCUUCGACAUCUCCAUGGGGGACCUCCGUCGCGAAUUCCUGCAAUGGCAAAGCCUCAUCCACCCGGAUAAAUACCCCUCGGGGCCGCAGAAGCACCAAGCCGAGGCGCUGUCCGCGCGCAUCAAUGAAGCCUACCGCACGCUGCUGGACCCGCUGCCCCGCGCGCAGUACCUGCUGCGCGAGAUGCACGGCAUCGAUGUGCUUGCCGAGGACGGCGCGUCGAAGCAUGCGCUGGACCCCGCGACGCUGAUGGAAGUCAUGGAGGUGCAGGAGACGAUUGAGGAGGUGGGGGCGGAUCCCGGGGCGGAGGGCACGAUCGCGGAGCUGAAGAAGGAGAAUGAUGCGCGGGUGGAGGGGUGCGUCAGGGCGCUGGCCGCGGCGUUUGAUGCCGGGGAUGUUGAGACGGCGAGGCAGGAGUGCGUGCGCUUGCGGUUUUGGUAUAGUGUUGGCGAGGGCUUGAGGGAGUGGGAGCCCGGUACUACGGAGAUUCGGCUGGUGCAUUGAUUGGGUGAUUGACCGAAGGGAAUGUUUGUUAGAUUGUGGGAGCGCUUUCACUCUACUCUACUGUAUUGUAUAAUACUGUACGGAUAUAUCUACGAGAUACCAGAAAUAUAGACUACAGACUAGAAGUUGAGUGCUGGGUGGCCCUGUGCUGAUGCUGGAGGGCAUGUAGGCGGUAGUGGUCGUUGGGAGAGUGGUUUGG